ACAUCCGUCAAAUAUUUGGAUGAGUGCGACUUGAAAUCUCGAAACCAACUUUUUGUGGAAAUAAUUGAUGGUUAAUAAUGGUUUAAAUGCAGUAUCCUAUGAAUCGUCAAAUCUAAAACCUGUUACAUUCUAAUUAGUUAGCCACAAUGGGCGACAGCAGCGAUUCAGAGGAGUUUUACGAUGCCGAGGAAUUCACACCCAUUAAGGGUUCAAAGAGAUCUUCCAUAUGCAAGAACAUCUGUGUGACAGAUAUAAGCUCACCUACACAGAAGGACAAAAGUCCAGUAACGAGAACAGAGGAAUCAUUGGCUCCAGCAAUAGGUGUCAUCAGUACACCCAGCUGUGAAGCCAUAGCUGCAGAAGAUGACAGAGCUACCAUAAAAAAUGUUGUGCAGGGCCGAAAACGGUUUCAAGAGCUACGUCGCUGCAUGCAGACGGAGGAGGAGGACGACGGUGGGCUCGACAUAGCUUUAUCUUCGGACAACCAUGGCUACACGCUGGAGCAUCCAUUCAAAAUAAUAUCGCAUGACACGAUGAGUCUACAGAGCAUGACGUCACUUGGACGAAUUGGAAGAAUUCUCAGCGGAGCGGCUGAAUCACAUCCGAACCUACGCGACAAGUUACCAGCACCGCCUGCUUCUUCUAGGGAACCCUCUACUAUUUCUGACGACCCCUUACCGAAUGACAAUAGGAAUCAAAAUGCGCUGACGGCGUCGGAACCGGACGUGAUAGCUAGCACGAAGGCGAACAGUCUCAAGCACCGGCACAGCGCCUCCGUGGUGGCCGUGUCUUCCGUGUCUCCCGCCCCGCCCGCCCAACAUCAGCACCACCCGCCCACCAGCCAGCCAGUCGCACCGCCAAGGAGGAAGAAGCGCAGUGAGUUCACGCACGGUAUGCUCGGGACGAUGGCUUGACCUCCACAUGCUGGUAGACAUGAAUAUUGCGAGGCCAACUAGACGAGAUAAAUAAUGUAAACUGUCAGGGGUACUUAAGAAAUUUUAUUUUGGUUCAAAAUUUUCUUACUAAACAAAAUUAAUUUCACUGCAUAUAUAUGUUAUUGUAAUCAUGUCAAUCGUGUUGUGUAAGAGCAGAAAUAACUAACAAUAAUGUAAAUAACCCAAAUAAAGCGCGAAUGUAAAAACACGCUAUAUAUAUUUUCGAGUGGAUUUUAUGAGGGAUUAAACUUUAAUUAAAUAUCGGCUCAUAUAGGUACUAACAACACUACGACUGUUUUCCGGUAUUAUAAAUUACCUAGCGAUAGCCACUUCUGACCUACAAGCGUUGGCACAUUCCGUUUAAUUUUAGCUUAUUUUUAAAUUCUAUUCGAUUCCAGUGCUUUGUGGUGCCUGUGGUCAAAAAGGUUCCCUUCGGUGAAUUUUCGAUCUGAUUUUGUAAUUCGAUAAUAAUAAACCAUUCAAAAAUAUUGAACAUAAAACACGGGGCUUACAUACCCAAUAAUGAGGAGAUAAUCGAACCAAGCUUGAUCAUGGGAAUUGUAAAAGGGGACAGAGGGAAACAAGGGGCAACAGAACAGAAGAUGGGCAGCAGCGUCUACAUAAUAACAACUAGAAAAUAACUGCGGCUACCAAGCUUGUUUACUAUCGCAAAUAUCCCUUAUGAGGUAACCUAAGGAGGGGCCUAUGUUCAGCAGUGGACUUCUGUAGGCUGUGAUGGAUGGAAGCGUGAUCCUAACGCAAGUCAGUCGGUGCGCUUACAUUCUUUAUCUCGUCUCGUUGGCCUUACUAUAGGUGCAUCCAUGACAUUAGUAGUAGAUUAGAGUUGCUAGAUUAUAGAUAGAUAUAUUAUAUAUUAUAAUGAAAUACGAAUCUCCAUGAACAUAUUUAAAUAUAUUAUACGUGCCCAUUCGUGAUAGUGACACGUAAAGGUAAAAAUAAUGACUAAACGCGAUGAACAAAAGGGAUUGCAUUAUUUAGUGUAUUAUUAGACUUAGGCAGUCCAAGAAUUAAUUAGAAUAUAUAUAGAACUAGCUGACCAGGCAGACAUUGUUCUGCCCUUUCCUGAGAUGACCCUUACUCCAAUAAAAAAUCCUUAAAUUCCU